AAACCGACGACACGCAGUUGUUAGAGAAACAUCGGAACGUUAUCAACAUAUCGAUCAAGAUGAUGGAUUACAAAAUUAUUGGUUAUUUGGCCACUUUGGUAAGUGUCGCCCAGGCAGGAAUACUUGGGCCAGGCGCAGGAUUAAUCGCUGCUCAUGGCGGAGCCGCAGUGGCAGCGGCAAUUCCAGCUCCAGCCGCCGUCGUCAGGACUGAAAAUUACGAUCCGAAUCCUCAAUACAGUUUUAGUUACAGCGUCGCCGAUGGUCUUACAGGUGAUAACAAGGCCCAAGAGGAAACUCGUAACGGUGACGUGGUUCAGGGUAGUUACAGUUUAAUCGAGCCAGAUGGUUCGCGUCGAGUGGUCUCGUACGCUGCCGACCCCAUCAACGGUUUCAACGCUGUCGUUCAAAAAGACCCCAGCAUCACGGUGAAGACCGCAACAGCCGUGCGACCGGUACUCGCACGACCAACCUCGGUAAUCGCUGCAGCCGCGCCUUCCGCCGCUGCCGCCACUGUAGCCGUUCGUCCCCAGGCCGCACUGCUCGGUUCACCUCUAUUGAGACAACCGUUGCUGGCAGCAGCAGCAGCAGCAGCAGCAGCUCCGGCGGUGGCCACCACGAACCUAGUCACAGCGAAUACAGGAUUAGUAGGUCUCGGUCUGGGACUCGGGCUGAGGCAAGGCUCCCUGUACGGUACGCAGGCUCUGCUCACAAGUCCUUACGGCGCCGGAGGCAUCGUCAAAGUGCACUAGACGACCGAUCCUAGUGCGACGCGACGCGACGCGACGCGACUCGGCUUGAUUCCAUUUCACUCGUUUUACUCGUUUUACUCGUUUUACUCGUUUUACUCGUUUUACUCGUUUUACUCGUUUUACUCGUUUUAUUCGGAUCCCAUUCUCUUUAUCUCCAUUUUCCUCUGCUUUUAUUCGCGCUUUUCCUAACCCAGACCCUGAAACGCGCGACCAGAAACUUACCAUCGCCGCCACCGCCGCCCCCUCCGACUAUUUUCAUCGAUACCGUUGCGUAAGUCCGCAUCUAUCCUCUUUUACAACCCCUUCUUUAUUAUCAUCGAUUAUUCCAUCCGACUGUUAUCGCCGUUUCGUUACCAAUCCUGCCCACCGAUAUACUCCCGGCGUGGGUAUCUUGUUCCGCUUCCGUUCCAAAAAAUAUUUCUUUCUUUGCCCCGAAACUAUUAGUGUCGACGUUCCGAUGCUUCGCAGUAAAGACAGAAUAACGAGCAAGCUUCGAAAACAUUUAAAGAAAGAAACCCGAUUACCACCGGAACGACGCGACGCGACGCGACGCGACGUUCCUAUCUUUCGCUCGACCGUCUUUUCUAUCCGUUUUCUACUUGAGAAUUUUAUUUUAUUUCGAAACGUAAUCGCAAUUUAAACGCCACUCGGACGAAGCAUCGCAACGACGCUCGCAUCUUUACUUGAUUCGCUUAAAGAGCAAACUUAACAAUAUUGCGGACAACUAUACGUAUAUUUAUAGGCAAUAUAGUGUGUACUCGUGCAUUUUACAAUAGACGAUAAGCCUCCUCGGCGAAGAAACAGAGUUAAACCGACACACGAUCCUCUAUCGAUCACCGCUUUACUUACUCGCACUUGUCCGUCAUUCGUUGGAAAGUUCCAAAGAUGGAAAGUGUACUUACACGAGAUACGAGCGAGCGACGAGACGUAAGUAUGUAUGUAAGUACAUAUGUACGCGUUUCUACCGAAGAUACAUUUUUUUAAACGAGUACCAUUACUGGAUAAAAAAUAAAUCUAUUAUUUAGCAAACAUCCCCGACAGAGUCGUUUAAUAUUUGCAUCAACCUUGGAUCAAAAAGAAAAGAAAAUACUUGAACGCUUAGGUUGGCUUACGUCGAUUUAACGAGAACAAGAAAAUGGACACGGUCCUCGACAACGUUCGUGUUACAGAACCGAGUGAAAUCCUAAAUGCAACAACGUAUCGUCUCGUUCGAGCUGGACUAACAAUAUUUUUCCCUUCGCUUCGCAAAAUUGUACAUUGUAUACUCGAAAACCAUGGAUACGCAGCAGCAGUUUCCAAUUCGACAACGGCGCUUUGGAAACACUGCGGUCAGGAUUGAAAUAUUUUUACCGCGCAUUCGAGAAGGAAUUCCCUUAGUAAAUUAACGCAUCACGCUACAAAGGUGUCUCUACUAAAAAUGGCACGGUUAAAACGAACGCGUAUCAACGAGCAAAAAUAAAAUGAACCUUUUAAAGGAACGGUAGGCAAUUAUUUUCAAUA